UCAGGCUUGGAGGAAAGAGAAGCCAUCUCCAUGGUGAUGAAGUCGUCGGUCGAGGAGGAUGAGGCAGGUUGGGGCCUCGGAAUCCCGGAGAAAAUGCGAAACAAUGCCAACUGGGUGGACAUUACCCAGGAAUUCAAAGGAGCUUGUAAAGAGCUCAACCUUGGGGAAUUGCUUCAUGACAAGCUGUUCGGGCUCUUUGAGGCCAUGUCAGCCAUUGAGAUGAUGGACCCUAAGAUGGAUGCCGGAAUGAUCGGCAACCAAGUGAACCGGAAAGUUCUCAACUUUGAGCAGGCUGUCAAGGAUGAGGCUAUCAGAGUGAAGGACCUUACACUGCCGGAGCUGAUUGGAAUUGUUGACACCUGUUUUUGCUGCUUGAUCACUUGGCUGGAGGGCCAUUCCCUGGCUCAGACGGUCUUCACCUGUCUCUAUGUUCAUAACCCAGACCUGAUCUUGGACCCAGCUCUCAAAGCGUUCGCUCUGGGCAUCCUCAAAAUCUGUGACAUCGCUCGCGAGAAAGUCAACAAAGCGGCUGUGUUUGAGGAGGAGGAUUUCCAGGCGAUGACAUAUGGUUUUAAAAUGGCUAACAACGUCACAGACCUGCGAGUAACAGGGAUGCUGAAGGAUGUUGAAGAUGAGCUCCAGAGGAAAGUAAAGAGUACUCGCAGUCGGCAGGGUGAACAGAGGGACCCAGAAGUAGAGUUAGAUCAUCAGCAGUGCUUGGCUCUGUUCAGCAGGAUCAAGUUCACUCGCCUCCUCCUGACUGCACUCAUCUCAUUCACCAAGAAAGAGGCUGGAGCAGUGAGUGAGGCUCAGAAGCUGAUGACUCAAGCUGCCGACCUUCUCCCCGCAAUUCACUCCACUAUUCAACACGGCAUCCAGUCUCAGAACGAUACCACCAAAGGAGAUCAUCCAAUCAUGAUGGGCUUUGAGCCGCUGGUCAACCAGAGGCUGCUCCCGCCCACCUUCCCACGCUAUGCCAAGAUAAUAAAGAGGGAAGAGAUGGUCGGCUACUUCAGCAAACUUAUCGAGCGGAUCAAGAGCGUUUGUGAGAUCAUCAACAUCGCCAACCUGCACAGCAUUCUGGAUUUCUUCUGUGAGUUUAGUGAGCAGUCCCCCUGUGUCCUCUCCAGGUCUUUACUGCAGACAACGUUCUUAAUCGACAAUAAGAAGGUGUUCGGCACCCACCUGAUGCAGGACAUGAUUAAAGAUGCCCUGCGGUAUUUCGUUAGCCCUCCCGUUCUCUCCCCAAAGUGCAGUUUAUACAAUAACCAUCAGGCCAAAGAUUAUAUCGACUCCUUCGUCACGCACUGCUCAAGGCCCUUCUGUAGUCUCAUCCAGAUUCACGGACACAACCGCGCACGACAGAGAGACAAACUAGGACAUAUCUUAGAGGAGUUUGCUACACUACAGGAUGAGGCGGAGAAGGUGGAUGCCGCUCUCCACAGCCUGCUGAUGAAGCUGGAGCCCCAGAGACAGCACCUGGCCUGCCUGGGCACCUGGGUCCUCUACCACAACCUGCGUAUCAUGAUCCAGUACCUGCUCAGCGGCUUUGAGCUGGAGCUUUACAGCAUGCAUGAGUAUUACUACAUCUACUGGUAUCUGUCUGAGUUCCUCUACGCCUGGCUCAUGUCCACGCUGAGUCGAGCAGACAGCUCUCAGAUGGCGGAGGAGAGGAUCCUGGAGGAGCAGCAGAAAGGGAGGAGCAGCAAAAAAGGCAAAAAAAAGAAAAAAGCUCGUCCUCUGGGCAAAGAGAUUACUAUGAGCCAAGCCUACCAGAACAUGUGUGCUGGCAUGUACAAGACGAUGAUAGCCCUGGAUAUGGAUGGUAAGGUGAGGAAACCCCAGUUUGAGUUGGACAGUGAGCAGGUGCGUUACGAGCAUCGAUUCGCCCCCUUCAACAGCGUGGUCACGCCCCCGCCGGUUCACUACAUCCAGUUUAAGGAGAUGUCUGAUCUGAAGAAGUACAGCCCCCCCCCUCGCUCCGCUGAUCUUUAUAUGGCGGCCAGUAAACAUUUCCAACAGGCCAAACUCAUCCUGGAGAACGUCACCAGCCCCGACCCAGAGGUGAACCGGAUUCUGAAGGUGGCCAAACCCAACAUUGUGGUGAUGAAGUUGCUCGCUGGCGGGCACAAAAAAGACACAAAGGCACUGCCGGAGUUUGACUUCUCUGCACACAAAUACUUUCCUGUGGUGAAGAUCAUUUGAGUUCAGUCCAGAACGCCAGAGGAAAUCCAAAACGGGAAAAAAAAAAAAAAAACAACACAUUCUGAUUUAAGCAGUUUGGACCAGAUCCCAUGGGCCUUGAUUAGCAUCUUAGCACAGUACUAUUUAGUAUUACAGUUUUAAACAUAGUUAUGGUCAAGUGUGUGUGAGGCCAGUACUUUGCAGCUGAAACUGCAAAAGUCAAAUGGCUUGAAAACGCAAAUUUCCUGAGUUCGGAAAUUGAUCGCAGGUAUUGAUCGCAGAAAGUCUAAGUAUUGCACAGUUGUCCUGUCACCAAAGAUGAAGACAACUGUAGGAGGACUCACUUGCUUUAUCAUGCAAAUUCAAAAAGGUACUUUGUUGAGGUCAUAAUCAAGUGCCUAAUGUUAUUGGUCCUUUAUGUUCUUUAUGUUAAUGAGGAGCAGCACUGUGAUUGGACAAUGGCACAGUCUGGAAUGGUUUUGUAUUAUUUUCCCUGAACUGAGUUGUGUGUGUGUGAGUGUUUGUGAAUCAGUUUGUUACUGUUAAUGAAUUAAAACUUAUCAGUA